GACACUAGUUGCUCUUCCUUGUGUGGUCUGCACACUGACGCCGCUAUGUGUCUCCAACCGUACGCCUACUGCGAUGGUGUUUGGGACUGCAUUUACGGCGAAGACGAACAAAAUUGCGUGAACGUGACUUGUGGAAUGGAGCAGUACCUAUGCCAGGGCAGACAGCGAUGCAUACCGUAUGAGUCGAUCUGUGAUGGGACGGUGGAUUGCAUCCCGUUUCGUGACGACGAAGAAAAUUGUGAAUACCACGGGCGCCCCGCUGGUUGUGAAAGCCUGAUGGUCGGUGAGUUGCUUUACGUUGAAUGCAAACACGGCUGGAACGCUUCUACCGUCGGCAACCUCGUUCAAAUAACACAUUCUUUAGAGCUAUCUGGCGGGAGCGUGCCAAUUUUGGAAGGAGGACUAUUUAAGCGACUUGGAAUGCUACGUAAAUUAUCCUUAAGAAAUAACAACAUAUCGCGUAUCGAACUCAAUGCAUUCACCGAACUGAAGAAUAUGACGUCGUUAGACAUAUCGGAGAACAACAUUCAGGAAUUGCCAGGAGACAUUUUCCGUGAAUUGACGAUGCUGUUGGAAUUGGCAAUACGGUCAGUACCGGUUCAGUUCAUCAGGGCAAACGCAUUUGCCGGCUUGACACAUCUCCAGAAAUUGGUGUUGAUGCGUGGUAAUGGUACAGCCAAUGCCAUCUCGUCUUCUCUAUAUGAUCGGGCGACUGAAGUCGAAGAUCGAGCUCUGAGUGACUUAUUGUCGUUACAAAAAGUAUAUGUUGACGACCAUCGCCUGUGCUGUGACUUCAGAUCGGUGCUUCCAGACGACAAUCAGUGCAUUAACAUCCAGCUUCAGUCACCGUUGUUCAACUGCGGCCGGCUAAUGCCCAACACUGUCCUGCAGGUCUUUAUGUGGAUCCUGGGCUGUAGCGCCCUCAUCGGCAACCUGUUGGUCAUCGCCUGGCGGAUCCGGGAGGACAGCGGCAAGGGCAGCAAGUACGUGCACUCGUUUCUGGUGCUGAACUUGGCAAUGUCUGAUCUCCUGAUGGGCGUGUACAUGGUGAUCAUCGCCACCGUUGACGUCAUCAAGAAAGAGGAGUACUACCUGACAGCUACGGAGUGGAGGAAAAGCGCCCUCUGUAAGGCAGCAGGGGUCAUUUCAGUGAUGUCCUCAGAGGCCUCCGUGUUCUUCAUCACCUUGAUCAGCGUGGAUCGCUACCUGUGUAUCGUCCAUCCCUUCAGCCGAGUGCGCCUCCGAGAAAGAUCAGUCUGGGUAUCCACAGCCUCGAUUUGGAUCGCAUCGCUGGUUGCAAGCCUCGUUCCCACACUCCUGGUAACCGGCGACUCCGACAUCUAUGGGCUAUCCGAUGUCUGCAUUGGUCUGCCGUUGCUUACUCGUCCUGAUAGUUACACGUUCACCGAGGCCGAUGUUGGGUCAUCAUUAGGUAACGAUACUUACCUUAUCCCGCGACCCGUUGGCAGCCGACCCACGUGGUCCUACUCCAUCGUUCUGUUUCUCGGCAUCAAUUUCCUCUGUUUGUUGACCAUCGCCGUCUGCUACGCGUCCAUCUUUGUCAAGGUCAAGAGAUCGAUCCGGCGAGUCAGGCAGCACUCACACAGAGAUGAAGAGAUCAAGAUGGCAUCCAAGAUGGCAGUCAUCGUAGGAUCGGACUGUCUGUGUUGGAUGCCUGUCAUUAUUCUUGGUAUCCUGUCCCAGACCAGCGCGAUUCGGAUCCAGCCUGAUGUCUACGCCUGGUUGGUCGUCUUCGUCCUGCCCAUCAACUCCUCCCUCAACCCGUACCUCUACACCAUCGUGACAGCCGUCAGCCGAAGACGUCAAGCUAACUGGAGCUCAUCAAGGAGGAGCUCCCACAAACCAGAAAAGACCCUCAACAAUGAUGUCCCAAUGGAAAGGCGUGCAGAUUCUGGCUGCUGGACUAUCACCACGCCCACUGCCACGCCCACCGCCACGCCCACUACCACGCCCACUAGUUCAAUUUAUCGUGGAAACUUUGAGCACAUGUAAUUGCAAAUUGAAUUGUUGAAGCGCAAAGAGUUUUCAACUUCUUUUCGAUGUUUUAAUAACAUGAUGGAAAAAUACAAAGUUGUAAAUAUGAAAUGUAAACAAAUUGGAGCUGUACAAAAAAGUAUGCCUGAUUGUUUUCAUUACAGCACGCAAUCUAACUGUCAGUGAGGAACUUAAAAUAUAUUAUUGUUGUGUCGUAGUGUCGUGAGUAAGACUUGAAUCAAAAGUAGACUUAAAUUAAUUGAUAUUAAACAUAUUUAUUCGAUUUUUUUUAUCUAUAUAUUAUUUUCAGGUCGAUCAAGUCAGUUAGCAGUUUUCAGCAGUUUUAUUAUUGUUCAAAAGUAAUAAAGUUGUAAUUAGCCAUGCUAGUCGUAACCUUUUCUUGAAAUAAAACCGCCCACUGUCGCAUUAAACAAGCCACACCCCCUCCAUUACAGGCCGGAUUAAUUUAUAUGACAUCUGUAUGGCAUGUAUAUGACAUAUACAUGACAUGUAUAUGACGUGUAUGUGACAACGAAAUGCUUGCUUGCAUGCUUGAGAAGUGUGGCUGUUUCUUCAUGCGCUAUUGAAAUAAUUAAGUCGGAAGCAUCCUCACUACAGGGAAGGGUUGGAGGGCCAGGGUUUAAAAAAAAACUAUUCCCCCACCAAGAUACGGGAGGGACAAAGGAUGGAGGCAGACC